AUUUAACCGUUGACGAAACUCCAUUUCAUUGUCUUAGUAAGUGUGUUCUUCCUUACCACGAUACAAAAAGCUCACCAAAUAUUCCGAUCAAAUCAUCCCCAAAACCCAAUCUUUCAAUUCAAUCCCCCACUCUCAAACCCUAAAGUUCACUUCUUCAAGAUUAAAAGGAAAACCCCGAUUCAAUUAGUUUCAAAAUUUCAGUAAAAUUCAAACCGAAAGACGAUGUUGAACUCAAAUCACUACCAACUCCCGUCUCCCUCCGACGCUUCGUCGCCGCUUUUAGGCCAAUCGAUGUCCGAAAACCUCGUCCGCAGCCGGCUGCUCGUCCGUCAGCCGCCACGCCCGCUUCGAGGCGCGGCUCGCUUCCUGCGUCGCGCCAGCAGCAGACGCAUGAUGCUGCGCGAGCCGUCGGUCCGGGUACGGGAGGCGGCGGCGGAGCAGCUGGAGGAGCGCCAGAGCGACUGGGCCUACUCUCGGCCGAUUAUCGUGUUGGACCUCUUGUGGAACGCCGGGCUCCUUGGGAUUGCCGUCGGGGUGCUGUCGAUGAGCUGGAAAGAGGCACCUUCGGUGCCUUUGAGGACUUGGAUUGGCGGGUACGCGUUUCAGUGCCUGGUCCAUAUGGUCUGCGUGGGGGUGGAGUGCAAGCGGCGGAGGCGCGGAGGUCAAGCGGCCGCGGAAGCGGGUUCCGGGUGGGAAAAUUCAUCUGGGUCUGGGAGUGAUGAUGGUGAGGACUAUGGAGUUGAGCAGAGCGCCGACUACACUGCCACCAGUGUUGCAAAGCAUUUGGAGUCUGCAAAUACGGUGUUUUCGUUUAUCUGGUGGCUUCUUGGGUUCUACUGGGUGACUGCUGGCGGUGAAAGUUUGAUACGAGAUUCCCCAGAGUUAUACUGGAUUUGUAUCACUUUUCUUGCUUUGGAUGUUGUCUUCGUAGUCAUCUGCGUUGCUGUCGUGUCUCUCAUUGGUAUUGCCGUUUGCUUCUGCCUCCCCUGCAUCAUUGCCAUAUUGUAUGUUGUGACAGAUCAGGAAGGAGCAACAAAGGAAGAGAUCGAUCAUUUGCCAAAGUACAAGUUCCACAAGAUACCUGAUUUUGACAAAGUUAAUGGUGAGAUCCAAGAAUCUUCUGGAGGAGUAAUGACGGAAUGCGACACUGCUACACCUACUGAACAUGUUCUUUCUGCAGAGGAUGCUGAAUGUUGCAUCUGCCUUUGUGCCUACGAGGAUGGAACUGAACUGCGUGAACUUCCAUGCUGUCACCACUUUCACUGCACCUGCAUAGACAAAUGGUUACAGAUCAAUGCCACCUGCCCACUCUGCAAGUUCAACAUUUUGAAGUCUGUUAGCCAAAGCGGCGGUGAAGAAGUAUAAAAAGCAAGUUCUGUAUAACUGUUAUGAGGAGAUUGUAUGCCGUGCUCCUAUGUAUAUAUAGUAGACCAAGAAACAUGCCACCAUCUGCCGACAACCAUUCUGCCGGAAUCCAGAUGCAACUUCAAGGUCGGGUUUGUUGCGAGAACAUCUUUUCCUCCUAGAAUGUUAGUUUGUAUAUUGAGUUUUUUCUACGAGUCAUUUAUGUGAUGUCUAAUAAACAAAAUGUUUAACUACAUAUGAGUUCCUUACGAAGUAUUGGCUUACAAAAUAGCUUGGGUUCGA